UUCACCGAUGGUGAAGGAACGUAUAAUAUUGGUUAUAGUAACCGAAAUAGAAAGCGUGUUGAGCUCGAUAGAGGCAGAUUCACUGAAAUAGUUGGUGAUGAUGGUUUGGUUGAGCCUGGACAACAUUAUCAAGAUGGAGCAAGGUCUGAAAGUGUUCCUGUAAAUACCGAAAGUUGGAUAAAUAUUAGUGAGAAAAACAAACCAGUUGAAUAUGAAGCCCUUAAGUACUCUG